AUGGCAACUGCCCCGCCAACUUUGGAUCGGGCUCCAAGCCCCGCGGCGGCCACCCCGCAGGACAGCAUCCUUCGACCUCAGGCCGCUGCUCUAGAAGCUGUUGAAGAUGUGCUUUAUGGAUCCGUCGCUGGCGUAGUUGGGAAAUAUAUCGAAUAUCCCUUUGACACCGUCAAGGUCCGGCUUCAGUCGCAGCCAAACACCCUACCACUUCGAUAUACUGGACCCCUCGAUUGCUUUAGCCAGUCUAUCAGGGCUGAUGGGUUUCUGGGACUUUAUAGGGGAAUUAGCGCGCCAUUGGUAGGGGCGGCACUUGAGAAUAGCAGCCUCUUCUUCUUUGAGCGCAUUGGCCGCGAUCUUGUGUGCGCCUCCGGCUAUCUGCCUCAGGACAAGCCACUCCCCUUGUCGGCCCUUUGGUUCACCGGUGCUUUCUCAGGGGCCUUCACCUCUCUCGUCCUUACUCCCGUCGAGCUCGUCAAGUGCAAGAUCCAAGUACCCGCCGCUGUCGAAGGCAAAGCGCCCCCACCGCUUCGACCAAUCUCCGUCGUCAAGGACAUAUAUCGUCACCACGGGCUACGCGGGUUCUUCCACGGCGGCAUAGGUACCCUGAUUCGAGAGGCUGGAGGGGGCGCAGCUUGGUUCGGUACCAAGGCCACGAUUUCCAGAAUGUUCCUUGACCGACGGGCCCAGACCGCCACGACAUUUGAGGAACGGGAGGAACUGCUCGCGAAACCCCUUCCUCUCUGGCAACAAGCCUUUGCUGGUGCGUGCGCCGGAAUGUCGUACAACUUCCUUUUCUUCCCUGCAGACACGAUCAAAUCCCGUAUGCAGACGGCUCCCAUUGGCCAGUCCGUCCAGUCACAGACAUUCUUGUCUGAAGGCAUUUCCCUCUGGAAGCAGCAUGGUCUACGAGGCAUGUAUAGAGGCUGUGGCAUAACCGUUAUGCGAUCCGCGCCGAGCUCAGCCUUCAUUUUUAUGGUUUUCGAUGGGUUGAAAACCUACUUUCCACUAGGCUAA